CGUACCCCCAUCGGAUUUCAUGCAAGUUGGUGGUGUUGAAGUUCGGGUUACCGACUAGCUGAUACUUACCCGAUUUUUGCAGCAUGGAGCACAGUGCAGGAAAACCCGCGCCGUACGGCCGGGCUUGCAUCAACUGUGCUCGGGCGAAAUGCAAAUGCAUUCUGCGUGACGAAGGCAGUAGCUGUGAAAGAUGUUCUCGUUUGAAAAAGCAAUGCACGCCUUCACCGACUGUGAGAAAGAAACGGCAAAGAGGCAGCAAUUCACAGACUGCUCGAUUGGAGCAGAAACUAGAUGGCCUGGUUUCCUUGUUGAAAUCUGGGAAUCGAAAUAAUGACUAUUUUGGAAAUACGUCUGCCGAUGCAUCCCCUGAGUGGGGUUUGAAUGGAAACAGACAAAGUGAAACGGCAGAAGCAUCUCAUAGAGAAACACCAACCAGCACGAACAAAACGGUCGCUGCUCAUACCAUCAGCUCGUUGACGAAUAGUAUCAGCCCCUUGACGCCAGUCUCAGAAUCACUAGCUCCAUUCCCAUAUGCUAUUCCCCCCGAUGCCGACGUCUCUGCCGAAGACUCAGAGCAUUAUGUCCAUAUGUUCCGUACCCAGUAUCUCAAGUUUUUUCCAUUCUUCUGGCUUCGGGAGGGAAAGACGUCUCUUGAACUACGCCAAGAGUACCCCUUUCUAUGGCUUUCCAUUAUGUCUAUUUCUUCAACCCUUCUACCACAGCAAAUGGCUCUAGCCCGGGUGGUGCGGGAGGUGACUUCACAAGAAAUCAUCAUGAAAGGGGAGCGGAGUAUUGAUCUAUUAUUAGGCUUACUCUGCGUUGUCGCUUGGGGGCAUGCUCAGGUUCAUUUAGGACCCCUCCUCGCAGUAUUCUCCCAUCUUAUUAUUGCGGUUGCAAACGAUCUUGAACUUCACAAAGCACCAACAAAAGACUUUACCAAAAUUCCUGGUUGUCCACCGCCAAAUAUUCACUAUAAGUUCAAGAUUCCCAACACAAGAACCAUGGAACACCGACGCACUAUCUUGGCUUGCUUCUUACUUACGGCAAGCUUUGCAUCAAACCAUCAAAGGAACGAUGGAAUGUCAUGGUCUCCAUACCUUGAUCAGUGUUUGAAGAUCCUCGAGGAGUCAAAAGAAGCCCCGGAUGACGAGUUUCUGGUGAACUGGAUAAAAAUACAGCAUAUAAAAAGCAAGAGUGUUGAAAUUUUCACCCAGAUCCGUGAUUCCGACCACGAAGAAUCUACGCGGUCUAUCGGAUCUCACGUAUUCUCUCUAAAACAUCAGUUGGAGUAUAUGAAGGAACAGAUACCCUCCUAUAUCGCCACAAACCAACUUUUACAACUCUCGCUAUAUAGUGCUGAAAUGGCUAUUCAUGAGCUCGUGCUGUUACGUCUUGAGUUUGUACCUCUCGCCAGAGAGAUCGGGUCUCAAACAAUAGACGGCCUUUUCGGAUGUCUCCGAGCCAUAAGGUCCUUCCUGGAUAUUCUACUACAAUACAAACCAACUGAAUAUCUCGGCCUCUCCUUUUUCAUUUGGAAGCAGAUGAGCUCGGCCGUAUUCCUACUCGCGCGACUAGUUUCGUUGGGUGAUCCUGGAUGGGAUGUCGGCUAUGUGAAACGCGUGGUUGACCUCCCUAGUACUCUCGGUCAAUUUUCUAGGAAUAUUGAGUACCUGGUGAACGUGUCUGGAUGGAAAUCGGCUACUCAAGAAAAUGUUUAUAUGAGAUCAACGCGAAUGCUUGGGUUGAUGAGCAAUUGGGCUCAGUCGAUAUAUCACUGUAUUGAUCAAGCGACUGGCACUGCUGCUACUCAAGAACCUAUAUCGAUGCACCAGGCAGGUGCGCUGGCAACAUUCGAAGACCAAGAACCGGGACGACGGCACGAGCAACAAAAUCACACCGCAACAGGUGAAGCAAUGGUGACUGCACAGCCGAUGCAGAUUCCGAAUGCAAUGCAGAACGCGCCAAUAGUUCCGACUUUUGAGCCCGAGUUUUGGUCUGACGAUAUGUUUGGAUUGUGGGAUAUUCACUCAGGAAGGGGGUUCACAUUCGAGGAGUAAACGGUUCAGGAUGGCUUGGGAUUAGAAAUAUAGGGGUAGUAUCGAUUAAUGACUCAUUGGUUACAAGGUUGCGGGGUUUAUCAGUAAUAUCAAUGUGAGGGAGAUGAUAUUGAGAAUAGGAAAGGUUGUAAUAACUUUCUGUCUCCUCAUUAUUUCAAAUGUUGGAAUGUAAUACUACUGUGGCUGUACUUAUGCACCUUCGGCGAUGGAAAGACAUGCCGAUUUGGGAAGUUUGGCGAGAGAUAUAACUCCACACUGGCGAUUUUGUUUCCUGCAUAUAUCUAAAUUUACAUGUAUUGUAACUAUUACUGAUUUAAA